AGGCUUAAGAGUCACUGCACGCAGCCAAUCAGAUGGCUUGUGGGGGAACCGUGUGGGCUGUAGUAGCUAAUAGAGUGAGUUUGUGAACUUACUUUUGGUUGGUACAGAAAGGACACCUUUUCCAGAAGAGAACAGGAGAAGAAAACUCAUCAUUUUCAAUGGAAUGACGACUGGUUUCUGUUGGCUGCAGUCUCAGAGUGGACAUUGUGUCUUUGAAGCUACUGAGUUCAAUCACCUCCACUUGUAUUGUUAUAGACCACUUUCUUUAUGUUUUAUGGGUGGGAAGUGAGCAAACGACGAGGAAGACUUCACUCUGAAAACAGGGUCAGAAAGAACUAGUUUUUGCCAUCUGCUCAGGACGUAACACAAGUUGUUCUGAAAGCUGUAAUUCAGUGGCCAUGGCAGAUAAUGUUAUUGAGGAGACCGAUAACUACCUUGGCAAAGAUGAGCUGAACUGGGGCUAUGAAGAAGGUGUUGAAUGGGGUCUUCUGUUUCCUGAGGCAAAUGGAGAGUACCAGUCCCCCAUAAACCUUAACUCUAGGGAGGCCCGCUAUGACCCGCGGCUCCUGGAGGUGGGGCUUAACCCCAACUAUGUUGUUUGCAGGGACUGUGAAGUCAUUAAUGAAGGUCACACUGUGAGGAUCAUGCUCAAGUCCAAAUCAGUUGUGACUGGGGGCCCGCUCCCUAGUGACCAUGAGUAUGAACUGAGCGAGGUGCGCUUCCACUGGGGGAGAGAGAACCAGAGGGGAUCUGAACACACUGUCAACUUCAAGGCUUUUCCUAUGGAGCUUCAUCUAAUCCACUGGAACUCCACAUUAUUCAACAGCGUGGAGGAGGCCAUGGGCAAGAAAAAGGGCAUUCUCAUCAUCGCCCUAUUUGUGCAGAUUGGGAAGGAACAUCUUGGACUGAAGGCCAUCUCAGACGUCCUGCAGGACCUGCAGUAUAAGGGAAAGACAAAAAUAAUUCCAUGUUUUAACCCCAACACAUUACUGCCUGAUCCUCUUUUAAGAGAUUACUGGGUGUAUGAGGGCUCUUUAACCACACCGCCCUGUAGUGAGAACGUCACCUGGAUUCUUUACCGUUACCCCCUUACCAUCUCUCAGAUGCAGAUUGAGGAGUUUCGUCGUCUCAGGUCCCAUAUUAAAGGAGCAGAGCUUCUAGAAGGCAAUGAUGGGAUGCUGGGGGACAACUUCAGACCCACCCAGCCCCUGAGCGACAGGGUGGUCAGGGCAGCCUUCCAGUAAAGCCCCCACUGCAGGAUCCAUUUUUAAUCUACCAUGGAGAUUUUAAUGAUGAAGAACUAUGGAUGAAGGCUCUACAAAUGUCCUGGCUAAAGUGAAAGUUCAUCACUUCCUGUAGAGUUGCUUGGGCAGCGUUUUGUAGUCAACCGCCCUGAGUAUGGCCCUGAUGUGCGCAAAAGCUGCUUUUACCAUUCAUUUAAAAACACAAUUAUACUGGAUUUCAUGUAAACAAGAGGAAGCCAGUGAGCAUGAAGAGGUGCCAUGUGAUAAGCUUACAAUUGUAUAAGGAAAAGUGAAGGAGCAUAUUAACGCUUGAUGAAUAUUUUUAGAAUACUGCAAUUAUGAAGUUUAACAAUAUAUAGCAUGUGUGUAGUCCUAUAAAUGUGGCUUUAUAGGAAUGUAAUACUACACAGUAAUAAUAUAUAUGACUGACACAUAAUAUAGGCAGACCCAUUUCAUACACAGUUUGAUAUUUGAUUAUUUCUGAUAUAAUUUGACAUGGUCAGAAUCAGUUUAGUCAUAUCAGAAGGUAUAAAUGUCUGUACAUUGAAUGCUUUUAAAUACUAGCACUGAAAUAAAUUCAUGCUGUUGAAUGACCUGAUUAAAUCUCUGGUGACUGGUUAAGUUUUUACCUGCUCUAUGAUGAAUGAACAGAAUACGAAAGACUGUUGGUGUAUUAUCCUGUGUUUAAUGUUUGUUUUAAAUUCACUUUGAUAGUCUAUGUGUAGAUAGCUGUAUUACUCACAUCUGCAGUUUCACGGCUUCUGGCUCAGCAGGUGGCAUACAGCAGUUUAAUAGAUAACUAUAGUCUAUAUUGGACUUUCAUUAUCUUGCUUUACACAACUUUUUAGCAAUGCCGUACAUCUCUUUGUAGUCCCGCAAAAAAGAAAACAUGGUUCAUUGACAGAUAUGUGUGUCUGUAUCUCGUAUUAUUUUUGAAACCUGAAAAGCCACAGAUGCUGUUGUUCUGUUGUGCCCGUGGGAAACCAUGUUCAGGUGAAAAGAACUGCUUAUGCAUACCUUAAAAACCCCCUUGUCGUCAUAAUGAUUGACAUGUAAGGAGUAAGCAUAUACAGCCUGACAUUUACAAUAGAAAGCACAGUCAUUUCAAUAAGAUUCUCACUGUAAUUUCUGACUGGAUAUUUUUUGUGGGCAGUACUUAUGUCAUUACGAAG